AUGGCCGGAUUCGCUCAUCUCUCUUUUAUUUUUCAGCUUAUACUGUCCCUCGUUGCAAUUCACGGAGCUCUGGCUAGGCCGGAACCGCCGAUUCUGCAGUAUGGAGUUCCCGCCGAAAACGGUCUUGAAGCCUUCGAUACCGCAAGUACGACGCCAGUGGCUGAGCUGCCUGGCACGAGAAAUCUCGAGGCAAAGAGUCAGCUGCCAGAUUUACCACCUGCCCCUGAAAUCAGCCAGAGUAAUGCGGCCCAAGAAGAAGUCCUGGAGGUCGCUGUAGCUCCAGAGAACUCGGAACUCCCUCAGCAAGAGUACAUUGAAGGCUACUUCACGAAGCCCAUCGACUACAACCGGACUGAGGAUUACCAGAAACCGGAGAGCCAGGGCUACGACUACCAGAAGCCCGAAAGUCAGGGUUACGAUUACCAGAAACCGGAAAACCAGGGCUACGACUAUCCAAAGCCCGAAAGCCAGGGCUACGACUAUCCAAAGCCGGAAAGCCAGGGCUACGACUAUCCAAAGCCCGAUAAUCAGGAUGGCGAGUCCCAGCAGCCCGAAAGCGUAGGUUAUGAAUACCAGACACCAACCGCAAAGACUCCGUACUACCACUACCCACCGAUACCUGCACCGGGCGCUGGUUCAUCCUUCCUACCGGAAGCUGGGUCGAACAUUCAGGAAACUGUGAUUGAACCGGAUUCCCAGAGUCCAUCUCUUCCUGGGUCUUCCGAAAGCGGUGAGCAGAUCCUUUCCACUGGCGAUAGUACACCAAGUCCACCGACAUCAGGAAGCCAAUCUCCUGUGGUUAUUCCACCUGGGUCCAUGAUCAAGAUUGAGGAUGGCCGUGGCCAGUAUUCGCAUGGAUUCUCAGCUCCAGACGGCACCCAAGUUCAGGAAUCGGGACACCUGAUAACGACCAACGGUGGAUGGGAGUACGUAAUCGCUAAGGAAGGAAGCUACAGCUACACCAGUCCCGAGGGAAUCCCUAUCCGGGUAGGCUACGUGGCGGACGAUAACGGAUUCCGAAUUACCAGCCGAAGUUUCGGUCGGUAAGAUCAACGAAUAUACCGUAAGCGCAAAUGAGAGUUCCGCAGUUGAUCUUAUCUUGCCAAGGGAGUUCGCUCGGCCUAAUGAAAUAGUGAUUUGACCUUCCUCGUUAGUAUUAGUACUAGUAUUAUCACAGCUUUUACUUUAAUUUAGUUUGUAUUUCGGCACAAAAUUACUGUCGAAAAAAAAUAGCGGAUAUUUUGAUGGAAAUAGACAGAUUUUAAAUCAUCAAUGCUCACUUAGAAUUAGCGUA